AAAAAACUCCUUCACUAGUUUGACAGUGUUUACGUGGAGCUAGUCGGGGCAGCUUAGAGACAUCAUGAGGAGAACGUCGCCAUCUCUGUUGGCAGUGUUAUGCCUGAUGUAUCACGUCACAACAGUGGUCUCCAAGUUAUCACUGCAAGACUUAGUCCAUAAGAACGUCCGACCCAUAGCGAUGACGUCUAUUCCGGCAGACAAACAGUUCUUGUUGCAGAAUCGGUUAAGUUCUCAUAUACCAGUGCACGCAACAUUACCAAAUAUGCAAGAGGCUGUUUACCAGCAGGUGUAUGAACUACCUCAGACACUACCAGGACAAUCCCCAAUAUUAGAACCGGCUCCUCAUUUUCCAAAACAGGUCCCUGAUUUUCAAAAUAUGCAGCCAAUACCGGCCCCUAAUUUUCAAAAUAUGCAGCCGAUAUCGGCCCCUAAUUUUCAAAACAUGAUGCAAACCAGUAUGCAAAAUGUGGACUCAAUCUUCCCACCGACCCUUCCUAAUCCUCAGUCACAAACCAGUCCGACUCAGGUUCACAACAAUUUCUUCAUCAAGAGCAGUAGUAAUAUGAGUGGCAGACAAUCGGCUCGAGCCACCGGAAGUUCUGACGCGUCAAGUAGUGCGCGCAGUUCCCCUGUUCAGAAACAAGGAGGACUGCGAGCUUUAUUGGAAUCAACAGGCAGCGGAUUUACAGCCCUUCCGGCUACUGGGAUGCAAGGUGUUGGAAUUGGCAUUGGCGGUCAUGGAGGUGGUGGCGGAGGCGGAGGAGGGGGAGGAAAUUCCGGCAGCUUUCCUGUAGGAGGAUUUGGAGGCAAAUUUCCAUUUCCCGGAGGUGUUCCGGGAAAUGGUCAUGGAAUCGGAGUUGUUGUUGGUGGUGGUGGGGGAGGCGGCGGCGGCGGCGGUGGAGGUGGUGGCGGAAGCAAAGGUUUUACAUUGUUUCCAGGAGGUUUUGGUACUGGUGGUGGUGGCGGAGGAGGAGGUGGUGGAGGUGGUGGCGGCGGCGGUGGAAGUGCUGGUGUCACUUAUCCUAUAGGCUUUUCCAAUGGUAAAUGGUGGGCUGGACACGGUGGUGCUGGGGGGAACGCUUUUGGAAACACUGGAUUCAUGGGAGGGACUACAGGUGGUUUUACCGGAAGUUUAACGGGCGGAAAAGGUUUCCAUGUAAAUGGGUAUACUCCAAGUGGGUUUCUUUUCGGUGGCGGUGCUCCAGGAGGAACUAACCACUGGAAAAUUGGUGGCCGAAUGCCCGACACGGGUGUCCAUUACUUAAAUAACGGCAUGUAUAUUGGUACAGGAAGGGAUGUAGGUUUUGACGGAUGGCAGAGCUACAGUGGUAGAUUCGGAACCGGGGGACAUGAUAGAUUCACAGGGGGCGGUUUUGGACUUAAUCGAGGUUCAAUGACAACUAACAAUAUACAUACUGGGUUUGGAAAACAUAACGGUUUCCAAGGAAACGGACAGUUUCAAGGAAUGCCUGGUCGGAUUCCAAGCUGGUCUUCUGGCACUUCUACUGGAUUUAAUAGUGGUUCUUCUAAUACUAGAUUUCAAAGUGGCUCUUCCACUGGUAUGCAAAGAACGGGAGGUAACCAGGGCAACACGGGUAUUUUUAACUCCAACAACAUUUUCACUAAUCUACUUAGAUACAAGGCCUUGUCACAAAUGAUUGAGUCGGGAGCCGAACAGGCGGAAGGUGGCGCUCGGAGUAACAAUAAUGUACUAUUAGCAGCUCUUAUGGGAGGUUCACGUGGCGGUGGUGGUGGCGGCGGCGGUGGUGGUGGCGGCGGCGGUGGCGGCGGUGGUUCGGGAGGGGCUGGUAGAGGUACUGGCUCGUUCGGUGGAGGUUCUUGGGGCUCGAGCGGAAGUAGUGGAGGGUCCUGGAAUUCCAGUAUGGGUGGAAGAGGGGGUUUCGGGUCUGGAUCCGGUGGUUGGUCAUUCGGAAAAGGGCAUGGUUCUUCUGGUGGUGGUAAAGGAUCGUUUUCUUCUGGAGGAUGGAAUUCAUCUGCAUAUUCGGGCGAUAAUGAUGACGACGAUCGAAAAUAA